UUUAGUCGGAGUCAAUGGCAAGCCAAUCUAUCAGUAACCCACGAUAAGUCCAACCGUUUAGACGUGCCAAAAGUUAACGAAAAUGCCACCACCACACGAUCAUUGCGGCGGUCCCCCGCCCCACCGCCGCGGGCCGACCAUCAAAGUGCAGAUCGCUGCCCCCUGGCCACGCCGUCAUCGUGCACCACCGCCACCGAUUGUCGUGGUGCAGCAGAGACCACCACCGCCACCACCCGUAGUCGUGGUGCAGCAGGCACCACCGCCAUAUGGAUACUACCAACAGCCGCCGCCACCGCCAGGACCUCCAGGAGACGGUCACUACCACAAUCCCCAGUACUGAACGGGAAAGCGAGAGAGUGAGGGGAAGGA